UGUGCGCCUGUUCACGUGGAAUAGCCGUGGUGUACUUUUAUUCUGAAAAUAUAUUCAAGCGUAGCUGUUUUGUGAUUAAAUGUUUAUGUUCCGGAUAUGAUAAGUGUUCCGUUAGAGUGUAAGGAUAGAAAGACUUUCCGCUAUGGAUUAAAUUAUUUACAUUUAACGUCAAAACUUUGGACUGAAGCCCAAAUCUUCCGGAUGUUUGGAGUGUUCCAGUAACAUUUGUUCCCUGGAAACGACUAAAGGAAACUAUUUGGUUCCGUCUGAUUUUGAUAAACGAUUAAAUUAUAUUGUUAAAAGCUUAAUUUUGCUAACUUUACAGGUCUUUAUUUAGAUUCUCAUACAUUCUCAUGCUUUUUACAAGAGUUUAAUUUAAUUGUUUAAUAAUGUCAUAAUAAUUAGAGGCAUUGCGAAUAAAUCAUGAUGUAUUCAAGCGGGUCAAAUGAGCACAACUUCGAAAGCGUGUACGUUCGUGAAAAAGGAGAACUCCACUUCGUAAACACCUCAGGAAACGUGCCUCUCUACUCCAGGCCAAAAUCUUAUAAAUUGUUCGAUAGAGAUUUUUCAGUCAGGCUCUGCAUUGACGGUUUCCCACCUGCCGAAGGUAAAAGGAGAAAUGAUCACUUCGUCUUCACCUACAACAGCGAAGGAAGUCUGCGCUACACGGCCAAGUCGCUGCUCGAUAUAUCGUUACUGUUUAUCGCCGAUAAUAUCGAGCAUGUCGAUUCGCUGAUCGGUUUUCCAGAGCAAAUGGCAGAUAAGCUGUUCACAGCAGCGGAGGCUAAGCAGAAGUUUGCAGAGCCGUCUACCUCUGUGAGGGGGUUACGGGUCUUUAGUGAGGCCUAUGGAGAACUUGUGUUAAAGUCGCUGUGUUUAAGAGACAGGUGUCUCUUGCUUUCAGAAAGAAUGGAAGAGAUUCAAGUUUUUCAUUGUUUGCAAACCCUUGACCUCCACGGAUGCAGGUUAGGUGACAGCCAUGACGUUUUCAGUCACCUCACAUCGCAGGCCUGUGCCAGGCUGGUAAAGCUGUUCUUGGGAGCAAACUGUCUGUCAGAUAAAGGUGUGCAGAGACUGACGGCGCCGAUCAGAGUGAUGAAACGAGGCCUGGAGAACCUGCGACACCUCGACCUGUCGAGUAACCCACUGACGGAGAGGGGACUCGGAUAUUUAACAUGUUUUCAAAAACUGUGUAAGCUAAACAUCUCCGAGACCGACGUCACGGUGGACACACGGCUAAAGAGUUUCUUUAGGAAUAAGAUGUCGAUGGUCUUAUCAAUGUCACCGCUGCAGACUUUCACACACUCGGGGUGUAAAACCGAGGGCUGGGCCGAAGAGGUGAUAAACCAGUGGGAAACAAAAGCUGCAGAAUUACCCUUGAAAAGUUCAAAGCCAAGGACAAAUGCUCUGCAGUUCUACGGAAGGGAGAAGUUUGUGCGAGAGAACUUGUACUCCGCGCAGAAGGAUUUGCAACCUGAUGAAAAGACUUGCAUCAUUCACUUUCACAAGCUGGACCUUUACACACUGUCUCAACACAAUGCAGAUACACACACAAACACAAACACAUCGUCUGGAAAGAAGAGGAAGUUUUCAACAGAAAAGGAGGAACGUGUGAACACACCCCCGGCAGCCAAACGCUCCGCAUCUCUGCCUCCUUUAUCAGCUGAGGACCUGGAGCUUCUCAAUAGUUACUGAACUCUGUGUGUGUGUGCUUCAUGUGAAAUGGACUUUUUAUAAGAUUUAUAACAAUCAUAAAUAAAUGUUAUAACUAUAACAAAC